UAAUAUAGAGGAGGUGGACAGGCCAGCCCCCUCUGGCCUUGUUCUCUCCCCCCACAUGCCCUGCCCGAGGUGAUUGAUGCAUCCAUUCAUUCAUUGAUGCAUGCUUUCCCCACCAUUCCUUAAUUCUGUCUAGCAUAGAAGAAGAACAGAAGAUUCAGCUUGUGAAUUGCUGCUGAAUUCUUCUGUUCUUCUCCUUGGAUUUGGUUUUCUGUCGGUUGAUUGGUUGCCAAAUCCAAGAAGUAGAGCGGCUCCAUUGACGGGGGAGGGGAGGGGGGAUCGAGGUCGCAAAGCAGCAGCAAUGGGGGAGCUGGUGGUGGCCGCGAGGUACUGGUGCCACAUGUGCGCGACGGCGGUGAGCCCCGUCGGGGCGGAGAUCAAGUGCCCCUACUGCAGCAGCGGCUUCCUCGAGGAGAUGGAGACCGCCCGCAGCAGCAUGGUCGUCAGCACCGCCGCCCACGGCCAUGGCCACGGCGGCGCCGCGUUCCCCGCCGCCGACAACGCGAUCUCCAUCUGGGCCCCCAUCAUCGACAGCAUGGUCGGCAGCGGCGGUGGCGACCACCCCAUCGUCCGGCGCGGCCGCCGCGGCGGCAGCAACCGGCGCACAGUGGACGCCGCCAUGGCCGCGGAGGACGACCUGGACAGCGUCGACUUCUCGCGCCGGCGGCGGCGCGCCACCGCGUUCCUCCGGCUCCUGCAGGCCAUCCGGGAGCGCCAGCUGCAGCGCCUCGAGUCCCUCGGCGGUGCGCAUGGCCUCGAGGCGGCUGACCACUACGGCGGCGGCCCUUUCGGCGGACGGAGCAUGUUCGCCGGGGCCGGGGCUGGGGGCCCCGUGGCCGUGGGCGAGCACGGCAUGGGCAUGGCGCUGGGUGACUACUUCCUGGGCCCCGGGCUGGACGCGCUGAUGCAGCAGCUGGCGGAGAACGACGCGGGGCGGCAGGGCACGCCGCCGGCCAAGAAGGAGGCCGUGGAGGCGCUGCCGACCGUGGAGGUGGUCGGCGCCGGAGCCGGGGACGACGACGGCGACGGCGCGGCCACCUGCGCGGUGUGCCUGGACGACUACGCGCCCGGCGAGUGCGCCAGGGAGCUCCCCUGCAGGCACAGGUUCCACUCCAAGUGCAUCCUGCCGUGGCUCCAGAUGCACAGCUCCUGCCCCGUCUGCCGCUUCCAGCUGCCGGCCGACGACGACCACAAGACCUCCUGCGGCAAUGGCAGUGCCAGCAACGGCGGCAGCAGCUACGUCACGUUUGUCAGCGGUGAUGUCAGCGACAAUGGCAGCGGCAACGAGAAUGGAGAUGGCGGCGGGGCCGAGGCAGAGGAUGCGGGCAAUGAUGAAGCUGCAGAGAGCGAAGGCGGCGUCGAACUUGAUGCUGAGGCUGAAGGAAACGUGAGCCGGCUGCCGGCGUCGAUACAGUGGCUCAACAGCCUCUUCACCCAGCAGGGGCAGGGGCCGGGGCCAUCGCCGCCGUCCACGUCGGCAGCCGGCAGCAGCUCGCGCCAAUUUGAGGAGGAUUAAAUCAAUCAAAUGCUGCUCCGGUCGAGCUCUUCUUGGCCGCCCAUUGCAAGUGUGUGCAGGUGCCGUGGAAAUUUGGAGCCUUUCUCUCCUUUUCUCCUGUUUCUGUAUUACGAACUGGCCUCCCAUGUUGGAUUGGGUCAUUUGAGUGAGUUUAUAAAACGGGUUGUACAGUUUAAAUUUGAUUCAUUUCGUCAAAUUCAGCUGAUGUCAAUCAGUAUCAGACUUUACGACGGUACUUUAACCCAA